UAGGGCUUAACAAAUUGGGCAAACUUAGGCUGCUAAUCAUGUUGACAAUUCUCCCUCUUAAGAGGAAGGGUAUAUUUUGAUGAAACUUUGAAGAAAGAGCCUUCUCUUUUUGGAUGCUGGAUGUAUUUCCCUUUUCAAGGAGAGAGAAGAUUAGGAACUCUUGAGACUCGGGAGCGAGAGCAAUGGCUUCCUUCUCGCUUUCAAAUGGGGGGCUGGUGAAUUUCCUGCAGCCCAAACAGAGACAGAAAGGAAGGCUUCUCUUUUGUGACAGUUUCUUCGUCAAGACUUCUCGUCGUGAGGGAAAGGCUUUUGGGUCCAUUUCCAUGCCGUUCAAGAGUAGAGCUAUGGGGAUGAUCAGUGUCAUGAACUCUUCUGCAGUAGCAACUGCAGUUACAGGUACUCCUUCCUCAUCAGCAACAGAAGCAGCCACUGAAAUGGAGGUGAGCGAGAUAAAGGAGAAGAGCAAGAGAUGGAUGUGGAAGGGUCAGUACUCCAUUAACUACUUUGUUUCUCAGCAUCCUCAUCAUGGGUCUGAUUCGAUUCCUCCUGUUCUUCUUGUUCAUGGUUUUGGUGCUUCCAUUCCUCAUUGGCGGAGGAAUAUUAAGACUCUGUCUCAGAAUUCCACUGUUUAUGCGGUUGACCUUCUUGGAUUUGGUGCUUCAGAGAAGCCAGCAGGCUUUCAGUACACAAUGGAAACGUGGGCUCAGUUAAUCUUGGAUUUCUUGGAUGAAAUCGUUCAGAAGCCAACUGUGCUUGUAGGGAACUCUGUUGGAAGCCUUGCUUGUGUAAUUGCUGCCUCAGAAUCCAGUCAAGGACUAGUUCGAGGACUAGUUCUUUUAAAUUGUGCUGGUGGCAUGAAUAAUAAGGCAGUUGUUGAUGAUUGGCGAAUCAAGCUAUUCUUACCUCUGCUAUGGUUGGUUGAUUUUUUAUUGAAACAACGGCGAAUUGCUUCAGCGAUCUUUGAGCGUGUCAAACAGCGCGAUAACCUGAAGAACAUUUUGUUGUCUGUCUAUGGAAAUAAAGAAUCCGUGGACGAAGAAUUAGUGGAGAUAAUAGUGGAACCAACAUCAGACGAAGGUGCGUUGGACGCUUUUAUUUCAAUUGUGACAGGUCCACCAGGGCCAAAUCCUAUACAGUUGAUGCCAAAAAUCUCUCUGCCUGUUCUAGUUUUAUGGGGGAAUCAAGACCCUUUCACUCCCCUUGAUGGACCUGUUGGAAAAUACUUCUCUUCCUUGCCUUCCCAACUAUCAAAUGUGAGCCUGUUUGUUUUGGAAGGAGUAGGACACUGCCCUCAUGAUGAUAGGCCUGAACUAGUCCAUGAAAAGUUGCUUCCAUGGUUAGCUCAGCUUCCCGCAGCUUCAUGAUAGAACAGAAGCUAUAUAUUAUAUUACUGAUUCGCUUAUUUCUACUUGGUCAUUACUUUUUGAGCAAGGUAUAUAUCUCUCCUUUAUGAUCGAAUUGACAAUGUUUAUUAUAGUUUUUUUCUUAUUAUUAUUAUUAUUAUUAUUCUA